AUGAAAUCGAGUCGCCCCAGCGCACAAGGGUUCGCGGAGAACAGCCCGGAUGCAACCUAUGAUCCAUUUGUGGCUGAAGGCGGAAUCCCUCCCGCACAAGGUACACCACUGUUAUCACCAUCAACUCGCAUCUCCGCGACGUUAGACGUUUCUGAAUGCUUUGCACUGGAUGCACCGGACCUUGGGACAGAAGCUGGAUUAUGGCCAUUACACAUUCCAGAUGCUGUUACUUCACCAUCCCAGGUGCUUUCCGAUAAUGCAGCGCCGAGUCCAAUUUUCUGCGAAAGAGAUCAAACGAGUUGGACAAACCCUGCUUUCAGCGAGCAUAUAGCAACCGGAGUGGUUCAGUCUGAUACAUACUUUCCAAGGGCAGAAUAUUGUACUACAGAGAUGGAGAUCCCAGAUGUAAACUUCUCUGCGCGGCAAUGUCCCUUUAAGUUCGAAGAUUCUCUGAACGGAAGACACCACGUGACAGGCGAAAAAAGGCCGCAUGUCAUUAUUCAAGGCAUCGUGCAUGAAGCAGCUGCCGAUUUCACAGUCAUUCCAGUAAGGGAUGCAGUCAUUCGCAGCUAUAAACGAAGGUCUUUGUCUGAAGUUGUUGAGACAUGUUUUGAGCUCUCCGGCGUGGCUCAUAAAAGCGCAACACAUCUAUUACACAGUUUUAUCACUUGCUUCUUCGAAAACUUCUAUAACCUCUGGCCAAUAUCCUGGCGACAAGGUUUCGAUUACGACUUGGUUGAACCUUUUCUCUACUUGACAAUGACUUCCAUUGGUGCCAUGUACGCUGGUUCCUCGCAUGCAACUGCAUAUGGUAUGGCUGUGCACCAGGCAUUGCGCCCAAUUCUUCUAAAUCUAUGCCUGAAAUGCCCCGAAAACUCCGUCAAAAUGGAAGAGAUAUUUGAAGCUCUUAUCCUGACAGAGGUAAUGUCAUUAUACGUGGGGCAAAUCUUUUUACCGAACCGUCCAACCAACGGGGUUCUGGUUUUGUUUGUCAAUGUGAUGGCAAUCAAUCUGAAGAGAGCCUCGCCCUCUGGAUCCGCAUGGAGAGAAGACGGCGGCUGGCCUUCGCGUUUCUGCGGUGUGAAACUUAACUUCAGCAUUCUGUUCAACACGCUACCGCUGGUUUCACAUCUCGAUUUUGAUUUGAAAAUACCAUGCAGUCAAGAACUGUGGGCCUAUGUCGGCCCAGAUUGGCGCGAGAAGCUGUUGACCGCUUCUCAAGCGCCGAAUUCGUACACACUGUACGCGGACCUCAUCCGCACCGCAACGGAUGGUACCUUCGCAAACUUUGAAGCUCUUGAUGCCUCAUCAAGUGAGCUCAUACUUUGCGGCCUACAGAUGCAAUUGCAAAAGCUUUCCAAACAGAAUAGUCAUACCACCUUGCAUUCUCCCCUGGACUCCCAAGUUAUGAAUCCCCAGCAUCACUACGAAUUUCCGUUUGCGGCUGACAGAACGGUGCAACGACAUCCAUCUCCUCAAUUUUGGACGGACGAUUUGAACUCGGACCAAUCCUCAAGCACCUCGGCGUCGUCGAAUCUUACUUUGAGUCAAAAUACACAUUUUGCGAAACACCAACACGCUUUUCAAUCGUUAAAUAACUGGACAACCAUCCAAGAAAUGCUUGAUCUCAUCUCUCCGCCGCAACAUACUCCCCCUGAACCCUGGCUCCUUUACCACAUAGGGUGUAUUAAAUUGCACGCUGAUAUCAGUGCUCUCCAAACAAUAUUCUGUUGUGUGGGGGAGUCUAAAAGCAAAGCGGAAACGCAAGCUGCCGAAAGGAUAGUAUUUUCGUGGGCAUCCAACCCUGCCGCGAAGGUCGCAUUACAUCAUGCAUACAAGAUAUGGCACCUGGUAGAAGGCAAUGUGCAACAAAAUGAGAUCAAUGACGUGUCCAAAUCGCAUCAAGACCGUCAUGUCCUAUUUAGCAUCUCUCUUUAUUACGCUGGGAUCAUCAUGCGUGCCUUAGCCGAUCUUUGUCCCGAGAUAGAGGUUGAGAUCUGGCGACCGGAGAACCAAGGAGUGGGGUUAUAUAUCCCACGCGGCGAUAUUCACUCAGUGCUUAAAGAUAUCGGCGCGAUAGCCCCGAAGAUCAGUCUCGUCUGGGAACCCGUCUCCGCUCUCAUUCUGGAAACAAGGAUUUUGUCGCUGAACCCAAUGCCGAUGCCCUUCGUUUCCGAUCCUGCUUUUGAUACAUAUGAAGAGCCAGACAGACUGGGUUCAUGUUGGACUGGUAACUUGGGUGAUAGGCCGGACGGACUCGAGCUCGAUAAGUUUUCGGUUCCUUGGGCCACCCAGGCAGCCGUCUUUAUGUAG